AUGGCCCCCUGGAGACCGCGGCGGAGCAUGUUUACGCUGGUCGUGCCUGCCCUAUCCAUCCGAUCCCUCCGCCAUAACCGCGUCGUAGCAAUCAGCGACAUUGUUUUAUUCUUGCAAAGUUUCGGGUUGUUCUUUUGGCAGAGGCUCAUUGAUUGCAGUAUGUUGGGAUUUCACCGAAGAACCAGGUCGUUGAUUCCGGUCAAGGAUCUGGCCAAGUACGAUCAGGUGUUGGCUGUGGAGGAAAAGGAAGAUGAAGAGCUGCUGGCCAGAGAUGAUCCAUAUAUGCAGAGCACACUUGAUAUUUCAGACAGGUCGCGCUCAUGGCAGUUGGUGCUCGUAUUUCUCAUCUUCUUUGCAGAAGCCAUCAUGGCAUCAAGUCUACAACCUCAGCUCCAAAUGCUCCUCUCUUCUUCCGAUUACUGCGGUGACCUGUCAGCCUCCUACCUUCGAAGUAUUCUGGACUGCGCAUACGCUUUCGGCGGUACGACGGGUGUCUUCUGGGGUUAUCUCGCCGAUCGCAUGGGACGGCGGCGGGUUACACUCAUGGGUCUAUGGGCCAUGUUUGCGUGCUGCCUGAGCAUGGGAUUUGCGACAACCCUGGCCAGCUGUGCUCUCCUCCGCUUCUUCGCUGGCAUGGUCAGCUCGACUGUGAUCUGCACAAGCCUGACAAUGAUUGGAGAUCUCAGCACAUCGGCGCACCAACGGGCAAAGAACGUGGCUCGGCUACCGUUAAUAUCGCUUUGCGGCUCCGUUGGACCGCUGAUGCAAGCCAUGGUUACUGAGAGCCUGCAUUCGUACGGAAUGGUAUGGGAGAAGUUCCCAACACUAGGAUCUGAGCUCGUCUGCGGAACCAUCCUGUUCGCCAUUGCUCUCACGGCUAGCAUCUUACUCAAGGAGACGCUACCAUCCGACUCCCCAUCACACCACCUCUACGCUCGUUGA